AUGGUCGCCGGGAUCGACGGUGGAUUUGGCGGCCACUCGGCCGAUAAGCAACAACCCGCGAGGCCAAUCACUGUCGCGUCGGCGGCGGCUGCAGGAGAUGGCGGCGCCGCAGCUUCCUCGCAAGUGAAGGAGGUUCCAGCUGGCGCCGCAAUUUCCGGCGCGAAAACCGGGGUAGCAGCCGUGGCGGGGAGAGGAAACGUGGGAGUGCGGCGAUUGGAGGAACUUGAGUGGGAGAGCACGUUUGUUGACAAGCUUCCUGGGGAUCCAGUCGAAGAAAACCACGUUCGCAACGCGUGCUACUCGCGAGUGCGACCUUCGCUAAAGCUCAAGGACCCGCAGGUCGUCGCCGCUUCGGAGUCUGUGGCUCACCUCAUUGGCCUCGAUCCGAAUGACAAGCCCUACGCGCAGUGCUACGGGGGACACCAGUUUGGGUCAUGGGCGCGACAACUGGGGGAUGACCGCGCCAUCACUCACCCCAUUUCCCCCCCCCCCUCUCCCCCUUUUCCUUCCCCCGGCAGCAAGCCCUACGCGCAGUGCUACGGGGGGCACCAGUUUGGGUCAUGGGCGGGGCAGCUGGGGGAUGGGCGCGCCAUCACACUAGGGGAAGUGGUGCUGGGGGGGGAAGGCGCGCAGGGGGAGGGCGCGCAGGGGAAGGGGUGGAGGGAGCGGUGGGAGUUGCAGCUGAAGGGGGUGGGGAAGACGCCGUACAGUAGGCACGCGGAUGGGCGCGCUGUGCUGCGCAGUUCCAUUAGAGAGUACCUCUGUAGCGAGGCCAUGGCCGCCCUGGGUGUGCCUACAACGAGGGCGCUCUCUGUUGUCACCACUGGGGAGAAGGUGCUGCGAGACAUGUUCUACAAUGGCAACGCCAAGUUCGAGCCCGGAGCUGCUGUGUGCCGCGUGGCGCCUUCCUUCAUCAGGUUCGGCUCGUUCCAGCUCCAUGCCUCCCGGGGAGGUUUGGACAAGGAGAUGGUUCGGGUGCUGGCGGACUACACCAUUCUGCACCACUUCCCGCACCUGGCCGACCUCCCCGAGCCUCCAGUGCAGGUCCGGGAGCCAGGCCCGGAGGAGGACGAGGAGGUUGGGGAUCCCGAUGCUGUGGAUGUGACGACAAACAAGUAUGCAGCAUGGUUUGCUGAGGUAGCAAAGCGAACAGGAGAGCUGGUGGCGGGGUGGCAAGCAGUGGGGUUCACACACGGCGUGCUCAACACGGACAACAUGAGCAUUCUCGGCCUCACAAUCGACUACGGACCCUUCGGGUUCCUCGACUCCUUCGACCCUGAUUUCACCCCCAACACGUCGGACAUGCCUGGGAGGAGAUACUGCUUCCGGCAGCAGCCUGAUAUUGGGCUGUGGAACGUGGUGCAGCUGGCCAAUACACUUGUGACAGGUGGCAUCAUCGGAGUGGCCGAGGCACAGCACGGGGUGUCCAGGAGAUAUUGUUUCCGGCAGCAGCCGGACAUUGGGCUGUGGAACGUGGUGCAGCUGGCCAAUACGCUCGUGACAGGUGGCAUCAUCGGAGUGGCCGAGGCACAGCACGGGGUGUCGAGAUAUGCCGAGUCCUUCCUCUCAGCCUACCAGCAGCGCAUGGCAGCCAAGCUGGGUCUGCCCGCAUACGACAAGGACCUCACUCAAUCAUUGCUGCAGCUCAUGGCCAAGCAUGGGGCUGAUUUCACCAACACCUUCCGCAAUCUCGCCCGCGUGCCCGCUGAACGAGAAGCUUCAAACGCUGACCUGCUAGCGCCAAUGAGGGGGGCGCUGGGGUUGCAGGAAGGGGCAGGGAAGGAGGGGGAGAAAGAGAAGGAAUGGGUGGACUGGCUCCGGCUUUAUACUGCUAAGCUACGGGCUGAAAAGGUUUCAGAUGCUGCCCGGCGAGCAGCUAUGGAUGCAGUCAACCCAGCUUACAUCCUCCGCAACUACCAAUGCCAGCUGGCGAUCGAGGCAGCUGAACAUGGAGAUUUCAGCGUUACACAGCGGUUACAGGAAGUGUUGCAGAAUCCUUAUAAGGAGCAAGCAGGGGCUGAGGAAUUUGCCCAGCCCCCUCCUGAGUGGGCACUCAAGCCUGGGCGCGUCAAGCCAGUCCGCUCUAAUCGCAUUCCUCUCCACGUCCUCGUCCUCGUGAUUUGCGUCGCUCUCUUCCCCGCAAUCUCCGCCGCCGAUUCUGACGCAGUUCCCGUCGCUUCUCUAGUCCGCGGUCCGCAUCGCGACGUGUCCAGGCGCCGCGAGGAAAGCGACAGGCAGCUUCUGCGAAGCUUCGAGGAGCUGUCGGCAGGGACGAUGGCGGCGAGCGGGCGGAACGCGGAGGACAUGCUUCGCGACGCGAUUGAGACGGCAAACUCGCAGCGCAAGACCAUCACCGUCCACCUCACGUCCGACGUCUUAUUAACUAAGCCGCUACCUUCUCUCGGAUUCAACGCGGGAGUGGCGGUCAAGGGCAGCUGCGCGGGUUCCGCCAAAUGCGUGAUCGACGGGCGGCACAAGUACGCCGUGUUUUCCGGCGGCUUCAACUGCUUCAUCUCAUUGGAGCAGGUCACCGUGCGCAACGCCGUCAACGGCGUGCACACCGGCGGGUGCGCCGUCACGGCGCGCCGAGUCACGUUCAUCAACAACGUCGCGCGCACUACCGGCGGUGGCGCCGUGGUCAAUUCCCGCGCCGCCUCCCCCACGUCCGGCGCGCUGCUCUUCACCUUCUGCGAGUUCAUCAACAACACCGCGGAGAGCGGCAACGGCGGCGCGAUCAACGUGGGGCAGGAGCCCGUGGGCGGCCCGCGCGUGCAGCUGGCGGGGUGCACGUUCCGCGGGAACCGCGCGGAGAAGGGCAAGGGCGGGGCGAUCUAUAGCGAGGAUAAUGUAUUUUACAUGAAUUCCGUCAAAUUCGAGAAGAACUAUGCUCUGGUGGGCGGCGGCGCCAUAGCAACGACGGCCAAGAGCCUCACUAUAGUCAAAUCCAUCCUUCUUCCCCCUCUACUGUCACCUUGUCUGCUGUCACAUGCAGUGGUGGGCGGCGGCGCCAUAGCAACGACGGCCAAGAGCAUCACUAUAGUCAAAUCCACUUUCUUUAGGAACGUCGCGGUUCAGCCGCCCACAGGCCGAAACAACGGCGCCGACAGCGGGGGAGGGGCCAUCCUAGUCUCCUCUCGAGAUACCACACUCUCCCUCUGCUCCACCUCCUUUGCUAGUAACCACAACAACAUGCGCUCCCAAGCCGGCGACAUUGCGGUUCGGCAGCUCGCGGCAGGCUCGGGAACAGGCUCGGUGAGCUUCUGCAGCAUGUCCGCGCCUGCGAAUGUGGAUCGCGCUCCGGGGCUGAAGAUCCGAGCCAACUGCAAGGGCUGCACGGGGUGCCUGGUCUACGUGCCUGGUCUACGUGACAACCUGCAGCACAUAACAGGAAUGGUGCGGCUGCCCUCCUACAAGCAGGGCCAGCAGCAGUGCCUUGCCACACAAGUGCAGCAAGCAGACUACUGCAACCUCUGGGCCUACAUUGCCAACAGCGCCUCUUCCUUCCCCUCCUGUUCCUGUCAUAAGUGCCUGGUCUACGAGACAACCUGCAGCACAUAA